AUGUGGAUUUUCAGGGCCGCGGCUUGGGCGGUGUGGGCCGCCGUCCUCUCCGUGCCGGGGGCGGCGGUCUCGGUGCGCGUGGAGGGCCAGCCGAGCCCCAGCGGCCUGGACAGGGGCGCCCACCCCGAGCAGGCGAGCGGUGCCGUGCCCAUGUCGGCGCUGGGCGGCCGGAAGGGGUCCGACCGCGCCGCGCAGCAGCGGGCGGCCAGCGCCGCGGCCACGUGGCACCCGGACAGGUACUGGCCGUCCAUCUUCGUCGCCAUUUUCAGCCGCAGGGGCGCGGACUCGCGCCGGCAGCUGCUGCGGGACGUCUGGUCGCGGGCGGACUACAAGCAGGGGAAGCUGCAGGUUCGCUUCGCCCUCUGCGAGCACGAGGACCACCUGGACGAGCCCCUGCGUCUGGAGAACGAGACGUAUGGGGACUUGAUGAUCAUGCAGUGUCGCGAGGGCUAUGGCGAUGGCAUGUUGACUAAAAAGACUCUGUCCGCCAUGCAGGAGUACCAGCGGAAUUUCCGCCAGCAAGAGCUGUUCAUGAAGAUCGACGACGACACGUUCGCCGCUUGGAGCCGUCUGUGGCCGAUGAUCGCCAGAGGCUGGCAGAAUUAUUCCUAUCACAUGUACAUGGGAACCAUGAAGGCUCCGAGCACGCCGAGCAGGGACCCCUUCAACGCGUUCUACGAGCCGCUGAGCUCGUACCCCAGGGAGAAGUACCCGCAGAGCGCAGACGGCGGGCCCGGGUACCUCCUCGGAGGCCAGCUGAUCUCGAGGAUGCUGGAGGAGGAGAUCCCGCAGAAGUGGCCGCUGUUCAACGAGGACAAGGCGGUCGCCGUCUGGGUGGACGCCCUGAUCGAGCGAGGCCACACCGUGCAGUACAUCAACGUGGACGGCCAGACCGGCUACGCGACGACGGAGCAAGAGUGGCAGGGGCAGCUGAAGUGGUUCCACAGUGGCACCUGGAUUUCCUACCCGCUGACGCUCCACCACCGGCUGUCCGGAGAGGCCAUCUCCUGCCUCAGCAGGGUGGAGGCCAUGAAGGACCCUGGCGCCAAGAUCGACCACUGCUUCAACCAGGUGGACAACACCUGGAUCCCCAUGAAGUUCAUGAAGCAGGCAGAGGGCAUGGGGGCCGAGCUGUGGCUCACGAAGCACCGGCAGGGCAGGCCCUUCGUCUGA